AUAUGACUGGUCAACAGAGGUGACUGGGCUAUAAAACAAGGACAGCCAAUCGCGUACAUCCCAUUUUUCGAUACGACGCCACAGAGCAUUGAAUAAAACCAUGAAGUUGGUGGUGCUUGCUUUGGCCCUGGCUCUGCUUUUUGCAGCUGGUGAUGCCCUGGACUGCCAUCGGUGCAUCUCCAGAAAGGCUGGAGGGCAGUGUGAGUCCAGCGUAGAGACAUGCGCACCAGAGAAGGAUGCGUGUGCUGCUGCCAAGUUCCUUACAGAACCAUAUGGCCAGUACCAGAAGUGCAUGACCAUGUUAGACUGCCAGAUGCUGAAGAUAAACGCCUUCGUCGACAUCAGCUGCUGCAACAGUGACAUGUGCAAUGAGUUCUCGGGGUCCGAAACCCACCUCAGCCAGCAGAGAGAAUGAGGGACGGCCCUGCAACCAUGACUUACCUUUCAGUUGAUCAAUAUUCCAGUGUGUCAGGGUGCCUCUGAGCAAGACACUAAACUCCCAAACGCCUCAGAGGAACGGAUCAGGGAAGUAAAAAGGGCAGCCUAUGUGUGUGUUACCUGUAAGUACCAAACAGGGCAGCACUGAGAGCAUGAAGUGCCCCUUCCUUCAUGGGAUAAAUAAAGAUUAAAAUAAGAAUUUGA